AAAUGACGGAAAAUGUUGGGACAUCCUCAAAUUUUCAUGUCUCGCCUACUUUUGAUGCAGAUGAUUGUCGGGAAAAUAUCACACAAGAUGAGCCCAUUGAUCCUGUGAAUAUCGAUGAUCGUGACCUUCCAAAUUACGGCUCACCUUCAACUAGUGAUAGUGAUGAUUUGUCUAAUGCCGAGGAAUCAGGAGAUAAUGUUCCAUUUAAGGCAUCAUCUAGUGAUGAUGAUUUUUUAAUGCCCAAUCGAUCGCCAAGACCAAUGUCCAUGAGUCCGUUUCGUAAUCAUGAAAUUCCUUAUCUGGAUCAUCUCCAAGAUGGUCCAGAUAUCUUUGGCGAUACACAUGAUGAAUAAACAUCACAACGUACGUGGGGUGAACCGGAAGAUUUCAUGAAUGGUGCUAUUUAUAUUGAAAAAGGCAUGUUAUUCAAUUCAAAGAAGCAGUUGCAAAGAGCAGUUAAGCUUCUACAUUUAAAGAUAGCGAGGGAGUACUUUGUUAUUAAAUCGACAAAGAAAUCAUGGCGACUUGUUUGCAGGCGUGUAGAACAAGGAUGUCGAUUUAGGCUAACUUCUUUUAAUGAUAAACAUACUAACAUGUGGAAAGUUGGAAGAUACAUUAAAGAACAUACAUGUGAUAUGGGUACGUGCCGUGAUGGACAUUUCAACUUGGAUGUUGAGAUGAUUGCUAACGUCCUCCGUGUUG